AUGUCUGCUUCGUUACCUUCAGAUGAGGUUGCUGGCGACUAUAAAGAGGCCUUGGAAGAUCUCAUCACGAAUGACAGACAUCAAAUCGCCAACUUGACUAUGAUCGCCAAGGAAAACAUUGAGCAUGCUCAAGCGAUUGCUAGAACGCUUAUAUUACAUAUAAAGAAGGCUCCUCCAGCUCGAAAAUUACCAGCUCUUUACGUCCUCGAUUCGCUUGUUAAGAACGUCGGCUCUCCGUAUACAGUGUACUUCGGCAAUGGCUUGCACGAAACCUUUAUGCUCGCUUAUUCACAAGUUGACCAGAAUGUUCGUCGAAAGCUUGAGGAAAUGCUCAAGACUUGGCGGGAGCCAGUACCAGGAUCGUUGUCAAAUACUCCAGUCUUCCCACUCACAAGCACUCAAUCAAUCUAUGAGGCUCUCAGUAGAUUCAGGGCUGGUACCGGUGCUAGACCUCCACAGCAACAGAUUCGACUUCCAAAUAUGAUCCAAGCUCAAGCUCUUCAAUAUCGACAGACGCCUACACCUCAGCCGCCUAUGUCUUAUCAACCACCGCCAAUCAAUGUACAGCAGCCCACGCCGACACCUCCACCACAACCACAACCAUACUACCAGCAACCUCCCAUACCGGUAUCAACUCCGCAGCUGUAUUCAAUGCCUCAACAAGCUGCUGGACCGCCACGAAAUUAUGUACAGUCGCCAUUUCCACAGAUACACUAUCCACAGCAGAAUAUCCAGGCAAGGACUGGCAUUGAUCUAUCUAAGCUACACGUAGACAUAGACGAUCUGACGACUGAUGCGAAGAUAGAUUGUAUGACACAUCCUAUGGAUCAGGCAAAAUCGAAAAAGCUUGAGACCUUACAAAGUUUGAAGGCAUUCUUGGAUAGUGGUAACUUAGGCGAGCAAGAUCUUCGCGAUGUCCGUGACACUAUCACAAAAGAGAUGGAGAAGCGAAACGCCGAGAAACUGGCUGCACAAAGUCUUAAUCAAAUACAACCGCAGCAGAAUCCUUACGCUCUCCCAACACCGCAGUGGCAAGCACCAAAUGGACAUCAGCAGAAUUAUGCAACGCCAUACCCCCAGCAGUCAGCAUAUGCGCCAGUGCAACCUCCACAGCAAUACCAACAGCCUCCACCACAAACACCGGCAUUUCUUGGACAAACGAACCUGGCAGAGUUGUUACGAAAAACACAGAACGAGGCAAAUUCUGCUCAGCAUUACGCGAUUCCGGCAUCAAGUACGCCGACGAUGGCGUCUGCAGUGCCGGCACCCAGUACUGGUACAAUGUCGUUACUAGAUCAAAUUCGAGCUUCGGGCAUAUUGUCCAAGGUCGCAACCCCACAAAGCAACACGCCUACAAUGCCUUUUGCUACGCCGUUCACCGACGACGUACCAUUCACGUCAGCUGCCAUUAAAAUACCACGGCCGCAUUUGGUGCUGAAGUUCAUGAACGAGAAGCCCAAUCAGUGCAGCACAUGUGGGCGAGGAUUCACUUCGGAUGAUGGUGGCAAGGCUAAAAAGGAGAAGCAUCUCGACUGGCACUUCAAGACAAAGACACGAUCUUUAGAGGCUGAGCAGCGUGGGCAAAACAGAUCGUGGUAUGUGGAUGAACACGAAUGGAUUGCGAACAAAGAAUACGAGGACGACCUUGGACUGGAAGAGGUUGUUGCGACCACAAAUGGUCAUGCAGGAGCCUCAGCAGCAAAGAAAGAACAGGAUUUCGUACGAACUCCUAGUGACCCUGCCUAUCGUAAUGCUACGUGCCCUAUAGACCAAGAGCCAUUUAAGAGCGAAUGGUCGGCAGACAUACAAGACUUUAUUUGGCGCGAUGCCGUUAGAGUAGGCGAUAGAUACUACCACGCAUCAUGUUAUCGAGAAGCGAUAAAAGCCAGAGAAGCACUCACUGCACAGCCAAAUCGAGUCGGCACGCCAUCAUCGAACAUGGGUCACAGAAGGACGGCGACGCCAGACUCAAUCCUUGGAAAAAGGAAAGCAGAUGACUAUGAGCCUGGGUCUGCAUCGAAAUCACGUCUGAAAGUGGAGGUUUAG